GCGACAUGUGGAUCCGUCCGGCGAUUCUCGGCGCGCAACCCAGCGGUAGGGGCGGGUGCGCCUCCGCGACGGUCGGGGACAUGUGCCUGUUCAUCGGAGGCACCGAUCGAUCGCCGCGGGCGUUCGACGAGGUCUGGAUCCUAAAAAUGGCUCCCGAAUCCACCGACGGCGUGUCCUCCUCCGACUGGCGAUGGAUCAGGAAGAGCACCACUGUGCGGGGCGGGGGAACGCUUCCCGCGCGGACGGGUGCGACCGCCACCGCGGUUGGGCGCAAGGUGUACGUCUUCGGGGGACAGGAACCUUCGCGGGGCACGUGCUUCAACGACGUCGUGGUGCUGGACUGCGACUCGUGGGAGUGGUCGAGGCUCGAGAUCUCGGGCCCGAGCCCGCCCCCGCGGAACUCGCACGUCGCGUGCGUGGUCAACGGCGGCAGGUUGCUGGUGGUGUACGGCGGCUCGUCGCCGGAGGUUGGCCCCAUGUCGGACGUCUACCUGCUGGACCUGGAGGAGGGCGCGGAGCGGUGGAUCCGGCCGAAGGUGACCGGCCAGGCACCCGAGCCGAGGGAGAUGCACGCGGCGUGCGUGCUGCCAAACACGCCGGGCGACGGGGACUGGAACGGAGACAGGGAGAUCAUCGUCGUCGGCGGCAGAGGCGGCGCGUCCGUGCUGAGCGAUGCGGUGGUUCUGGACGCCCAGAGGCUCGAGUGGGUGAGGCGCGGGGAUGUCGGCGUCGCGGUUUGCGCGCACACGGCGGUUCCGUGGCGGUUGGGUCGAUCGGGCGCCGCGCUCCUGUUUGGCGGUUUCGGGGGCGCCGCGCUCAGGGGUAACGACACGGUCACCGUGGACGGAACCACGCUCAAGACGAUCGUUAAGGGGGUAUCCAGCGAGGACGUGGCGUUCGCGCCGGAGCCGAGGUUCGCGCAUUCGUCGUGUCUCGUGCCGGGGGGCGGGAUGCUCGUGUUCGCCGGGGUGACGCCCGAGGCGGAUCUCGGCGACGUCGCCGUGUGGGUUCCCGACGAGCGGGCUUCCGGGGUGGUGCCGGCUUGCGAUUUGGAUUGAUUUGGAUUGAUCGAUGCUCCGUUCGUUGACUAGCUAGCUAGACUUUGUUGUCAUUGAUACUACGAAUGCUUCCU